CCAUCCUUUUCACAGGAUGAGAAAAGACUCAACUUCUUUCUUCUUUCUUCUGUAUCUGAUUUUGGGAGUAUUGAAAGCAAGCUGUAGCCUUUCGCAGAGAAACCUGCGCGUAAGAGCAAUGAGGAGCUUUUGUUCUGUCAAGCCUUCCUCUUUUUUUGUUGUUCUUUCUGACACAGGAUGUCUGACCAACUUAAAGUUUUGGUUUGGAAGAACGUCCUCCAGGCAUCCUGAAAAUUCUGGACAUUUUUGCAGUGUACUACCAAAAGGAAUAUAAGGAAUUUGUAGCAAUAGCUUCCUUGCAAUUAGUUUUUUUGUCUUUGUACUUCCAACUUUGUCUGUGGUUUGAAUUAGGAAACACCAUGAGCACAAAUCAACGGAAGCGCCGUGGAGGAGCAGUUAAUUCCAGGCAAGCUCGAAAACGAAGCAGAAUGAUGGCUUCUGCCACAGAAAGGGCUUCAGAAGCAGAGCCAAUUGAACUUGAAGAAAGUGCUGGUGAAGAAGUAGUAGAUCUCACAUGUGAAUCUUCUGAUCCUGUAGUCGUUGAUCUAACUCACAAUGAUUCUGUUGUGAUUGUUGAAGAGAAUCAACGACAAAGGAGAAAUCUCCGGCUAAGAAGCCAGCGGCAGUCAGACAGCUGUGUACUGAGUAGCGAUGAUGAAGAUGAAUCAAGAGAUAAUGAUGUGUACAUGACAGAUAAAGUGACUCAAGAAUUGGGACCACUGGAGGAUGAAACUGCAAGUUCAAAGCCGUCUGGUACCAUUACCUGUCCAAUUUGCAUGGAUGGCUACUCGGAGAUUGUGCAAAGUGGACGACUGAUUGUGUCAACCAAAUGCGGCCACGUCUUCUGCAGUCAGUGCCUCCGUGACUCCCUUAGGAAUGCCAACUCUUGCCCAACCUGCAGGAAGAAACUUACUCACAGACAAUAUCAUCCCAUUUAUAUAUGAGUGCUUCUGUUUCUCAGGACAGACUGAACUGGACUUUGGGGAAAAUGUCAUGUUUUCAGUGCUCUAAAGAUUUAAAUAGCAGCAGGUUGUGCACACAUCCAAAUAAAACUGAUUUUUUUUUUCUUUUGAAAAUACCUUGUACAUAGAUAGACAGCUUUUUUAUGGUCCAAGCUGCUUCUUAUGUUCCUGGUUUCAAAGUUAAAUUUACGGCUGUCUCUAUCCAGACCAGCAGCCUCUAUCAGAAAGGAGACAGCUAACCCAUUUCCUACUGCUUUUUUUAGGCUUAAAUAAGAGGAGUCUGAAUAUUUUGUUAUUUCUUACUCUUUAAAUUAUUCCUACCCUUGCAUACUCAUAGGGAAUAGUUAGCUUUCAAAAUACAGAUGAGCAAUUUGCCUUUUCCUCACAUUUUUGGAUUUAUCGUCCAAGAAGCUCAUGACUAUAUUACUUUCUCCUAUACCAUCUUUGCCCACAUAGAGUAAGUGCUAUAAUGAUGACUUGUUUCAUUAUAAAUCGAUAUUAAAUUGCUAACCAGGGAAUGGGAUAAAAUAACCCACUCUUAACCAGCAAUUGGGUCUUCAUAAGCGGCAGGUUUGAAUGUGUAGAUGACUUCAUAAACUCCGGGAGAUCCAAAGUACAUCGACACUUGGCAACAUCUACAAUGUAAAAAGACUUUUGGGAAUGGUUUAACUGCCCAGAAUUCCUCUAUUGGCAUCACCACACUGAAUUUAAUUUCUAAUGGGAUGAGAUGGUCUCUUGGGUUUAUAACUGUUCUCUAGCACUUUCUCCUGAUAACCAAGUAGAAGAGAGUCUUCUUUAGGCUUGCUGGUGAUAAAUAAGAAACAAAUUUUGUGUUUUCCCCUUGUCAGCCGAAUACCAGACUUGCCUACAGAUGUGCUGGCUGCAUCGAGUGUGCCCAUGUGCCCAGCAUAAUGCUUCAAGUUCAGUACAUUCACUUCUGCUGUUCUCGGCAGUUGUUGUAUUUACACCCGACUGGUUUUAGCCUGAUGCACAGGAUCAAGAAUUCAGUAAUUGUAUUACCAGGGGUUUAGGAAGUAGGGAGCUUUACAAGAUGUUUAGUAGCAGUCUUGACUUGGCAGCUUUUUGAGAGAGAAGUUGCAUCUCCCUUUGCCCUGAGGCUUGUCCAGCUUUCUUUAGAUGAGCAUUUUGACAAACCAAGAGAAGUGAGGCAAACGUCCUAGGAGAUCAGCGAGGCAGGAAUACUCCAGUUUAUCCGCUGUAACCCAAUCACUUCUUUCUUUCUCCAGGACUGACUUAGAAAUGUCUGCAUUAAACCCCUAAUAGCUAAAACCUGCAAGCAGAUGUGGAAUCCCAGAUGAGCUGAUACAAACAGGAUCAUAGUAAUUUCAUGUAGAUGAGAUUAAGUCAGUGUUCUGUGAUCCACAACCUGCAGCAGUCGCAUCGAGGAAGGCUAAAAUUUGGCCUGUUAAAACCAAUGUCCAAAAUUAAACCUCAAGUGCCUUUUGGCAGUUGCUUGGUUAUGGAAGCCUUUAGAAGCGCCAUGCUGUGCUUUGGUGAGGCACAGCUGUGGGGUGCAUUUAGUUAACAUUGAGUUCUGAUGUGUCUGUGCUAACCCGUGCUAGUGUAGGAAGCCUUUGAUUAAAGCAGCUCUUCUAAUUAGCUGUGUCAAGUUCUUUGUGGGAGGUGCAACCCAAAAGUAGAGGGUGUUUCUUAGGAUGUUUCUGGAUGUAGUAAUGCAGAGACGUUUUUCCGUAAAGGCUAGCUGAAGAAAUGCAAUCCCUUCCCCACCCUGGUUUUGAAUAGCUUUGCUUCAGCCCUGCUGUGAGGACUAUGCAGGUUCUGCCUUGUGGCCAUCUGGAAACUCUAAAAUGUUGAAGCCAUUUGGUUCCUGUGUGCUCCCAUCAGUAACAAACUGCAAGGAAGGUCUGCAGCAUGCUGGGGAUAGUGCAGUGAGAGCACAGGCUGGCACUUGGGUCCCAAAAACCAUGGAGAUGUUGCAACAGCGCUAAAGAUUGCUUAAAGCAUGGAGAGAAGCCAGCCCAACAUGAAAACUGUUAAGAUAUGUAAGGGCCACCGAAGCAGCUUAAUCCCAGUUGCUUAAAAAGGAGAGGAUAAAUAUUUAUGGCCAGUUUCCCUUGGAUGGCUUAAGCACAAGCGGGAUGAUGAGAAGAGGAUGUCAAGGGAUUAACUCUGAGGGUGAGGGCGAGUCGGGUAUCUGUGAAACUUUCACAGAGUACAAACCAUAGCCCGAGAGGACUUGGCACACGUCCCUCCCUGCAAGUCUCCCUUUCUACUUUGUGUCUCAACAGAUCUAAUUGAAAUUUAGAUCCCACAAACUAGAAACUAUUUACCAAGAAACUUUUUAGCUUUUGUGUGCCCUGUGAAGUACCACAAGUUUUGUGCAUCUCAAGUUGAAUUGUAAGCCACAGAAGAUGGAGAAAUAUCAAACCACAUUGCACACUUUAUUUCUUAGGGAAGAAAACUUCAAGCACCCCGCUAGGUUUGAUUUCCAGUGAUGUUUUACAUGGGCAAGAAGUGAUAGGUUAUAGAAAGACUUUUCUGUUCUGUACACGUCUGUCUUGUUGUAUAUAGUCCAAUUUUUCCUGUAUUUAAUUGUAUUCCUGUCUGUCUGUCCCACCUAUGUUGCACUCUGCUGGUACGUAAACAGCUUCUUGUUGGAAAUAAAACUAUCCAUUUGAUC